CGACUCGGCCAGGCUCUGAGGAACGCCCGGCUGAUAAAGGGCCAGGUCUUCGCCCCUAGGAGCUCGCCUUCCAGUCUGUUCCUGGAACCAGCAGCCCUCUAGGCAUCAUGGAAGAGUGGGACGUACCCCAGAUGAAAAAAGAAGUAGAGAGUCUGAAAUACCAACUGGCUUUCAAGAGGGAGAUGUCUUCGAAAACAAUACCCGAGCUGUUGAAGUGGAUUGAGGAUGGGAUCCCCAAUGAUCCAUUUCUGAACCCUGAUCUGAUGAAGAACAACCCUUGGGUGGAGAAGGGAAAAUGUACCAUUCUGUAG